CUUGCGGGCAGUCAGUUUUCGAUACGAGCGCGACAAAAGCGGUAGAAAUCGUGGCGGUGCUCGGCUUUGUUGCGGUGUUUUUAUCACAAUUGAUUGGCGUUAAAGUCUAACUCACAAAAAAAAAAAAAAAAACAAUAAUAACAAUAAUAACAAAUAUACACCUUAAGAUGGCUUCUUACAUAAGCACCGGAAACAAGGUGAUAUUUACACUCGUAGCAAUCGCUGCUAUUGUGUCAUCGGCGUCAGCGAAGACAGGACCAACUCAUGGCAAAUUGGUGGUGUGUUACAUUUCGACGUGGGCUGUUUACCGGCCAGGUAAUGGCGCAUAUGCGAUCGACAAUUUCGAUCCAAACCUAUGCACACACGUAAUUUAUGCUUUCGCCGGCCUUGAUAUCACACAAUCGGCCAUUAAGUCAUUGGAUCCAUGGCAAGACUUAAAGGAAGAUUACGGUAAGGGUGGUUUUGAACACUUGACGGGUUUCAAAAUCACACACCCACAUUUGAAGGUCAGCUUGGCUAUUGGUGGCUGGAAUGAGGGUUCGAAGAAUUACUCAUUGCUGGUGGCCGAUCCGGAACAACGUCGUCGCUUCGUGAAACAAGUCAGCACGUUCAUACGUAAAUAUAAUUUUGAUGGUCUCGAUCUAGAUUGGGAAUACCCAACACAGCGUGGUGGCCGUCCACAAGAUCGCGAAAAUUUUGUACAAUUUACAAAGGAGUUGAGAGACGAGUUUGACAAUUAUGGUUUAUUGUUAACAUCAGCAAUCGGCGCGGCCAAGAAUGUUAUUGAUCAAGCGUAUGAUGUGCGCCAAAUUUCACGAUAUCUCGAUUACUUGCAUAUUAUGUGCUAUGAUUAUCAUGGCAGCUGGGACAAGCAAAUAGGCUAUAAUGCACCACUCAGAGCGCCCGAAGGUGAUGUACUCAGUGUGGAGUUUACAAUUGAUUAUCUGCUGAAAUUGGGUGCGCCCCCUAAUAAAAUAGUGGUAGGCUUACCCUUUUAUGGUCGUACCUUUAGGACACCAGAAAACGGCAAUGCAGGCGAUGUUACGGACGCCACCCCUUUCCAAGGUCCCUUUACUCGUGAGGAUGGUUUCCUCGGUUAUAAUGAAAUCUGCAACAUUCUAAGCAACAAAACAGCAGGCUGGACCACAACGUGGGAUGCGAAAACUUCCCAAAUGCUCGCGCGCUCCGAACGUGAUGUCUUCAGCGGUUUAAUUCAAGUUGUUACAUUCGAUAGCGCACGUUCAAUUGCAAAUAAGGUCAAGUUUGCUGUCGAGAAGAAACUUGCUGGUACAAUGAUAUGGUCCAUAGAUACCGAUGACUUCCGUGGCAACUGUUCACCAGAGGAAGACAUCUACGCGGAUUAUAAGUAUUUGCAAAGCAAUGGACAUCCAAUUAUGCCGAAACGUAUUAAUUCCAACUACCCGUUAUUGCGUACCAUCAAUGAAGCUACUACACUGGCAUUGGAUGAGGUCGAGAAAACUAUUGAAGAUAAUGAGAUUCCACAUGGCAGCAUAGAAGAUCGAAAGAACAGCAACGCAUCUGAAAAUGUUUUGCUGCAGCGUAGUCUUCUUGCUCUCACUGUAUUUAUUAUUUUCACAUAUCAGUUAGUGUUUUAGAGUUUUGAUUGAAAAGAUUUUCUAUUGUACUUA